CGAGUGUGACAACAGCAAGUGUUAGGCUAAAGAGCUUAAUCCAGCUGUGAAGUCCUCUCUAUAAAUAGCAGCAUCCUACUUCAAAGCUCUGCACAUUUCACUUCCUCUUAGGUCUUUCAAAAUAUUCUAUUUGCUUCAGACAAAUUACUGCAAUGGCUGGGAAACUGAGCAUUGUCUUGUUUCUUUUGGUGGUUUUUCUGACCCAAAAUCAGGUUUCAAGGGCCAAAGAAAUGCUUGAUGAGCAGCUGCAACGACAGAGAAAUAAUCAAAUGUAUGGUGUUAGUCAGGGAAGCCUCCAUCCUCAAGAUUGUCAACCGAAAUGCACGUAUCGGUGCUCAAAGACAUCAUUCAAGAAGCCAUGCAUGUUUUACUGCCAGAAAUGCUGUGCAAAGUGUCUGUGUGUUCCUGCUGGUACCUAUGGUAAUAAGCAAACUUGCCCUUGCUACAAUAACUGGAAGACCAAGAGAGGUGGCCCCAAGUGCCCAUGAUCCAAUACCCUACUUCUGUCAAAUCUAUUAGUAGUAAUUAAUCAACGCUUGGUUCAAGUGCUGUAUUAUUAGCUAGUAAAUGAUCAAAUAGGCCCCAAUAUUAUCACCUUUUUGGCAAAAAGCCAAGAAGAUUAUGCUACGUAGUAUAGCAUGAUUAUUAUGCAGUUGUUUUUAUGUCACUCCAUUUUAUGGUAAGAUGUUACUAUAUUUAUUGGUGUACCUUCUGUGUAAGAAUUAACAUGUAUUUUAAGUCAUUUAAUCCAAGGUCAAUUCGGUGUUU